AUGUCCUCUGUGGAAUCUGCCCCCAUCUCGCGCUAUGAAGACGAGGUCUUCCCUCUUUCUUUUUCAAAUGCUGCUUUCGAGCCACCUAUGCUCUCGCAUAGCCCAGACAGAUCUAGUUAUGCUGAUGACUUUUCUCAAUCUUAUCAACAGGAAUUGCUAACUUCUCCGCUAUCGUACCCAAUUGUCGAUGAGUCAGAGUGCACAUACACUAAAGAUAAGACGAACAACAACAUAAUAACGAGUGCGGAAGACGACUGUAUCUUCGAUAUGGAAUUUAGCGGUAACGCUGCCGGUGCAGUCACUGCCGCUACUAAGGAAUCUAACAAUGCUUCUAGUUUUGCCUUUGCAAGUAACGAUGCCUUUGCUAAUGUCGCACAACAGAACUACAGACUAUGGUUGUCGUCGGUAUGA